GCGCUCCCGGGCGGCGGCGCGGCGGCGGCGGCGGCGCAGGGGGCGGAGGCAGGGGGCGCCCCCGGCCAGGAUGCUGCGGCUCCUGCGCCGGACCUUCGGCCGCCGCUCCAUGCAGCGCUACGCGCGGGGCGCGGCGGGGCGCGGGGCCGCCGCGCUGGGGGACGAGCGCGACGGGGGAGCGCGCGGGGGCCCGGCCGCCGCCGCGUCCGCGCUGCCCGCCGCGCCCGGGGGCAGCGUGUUCCCGGCGGGCGGCGGGCCCCUGCUCACGGGCGGCGCGGCCGUGCACAUCUCCGCCGCGGGCGCCGCCAAGGCCACCCUCUACUGCCGCGUCUUCCUGCUCGACGGGACCGAAGUGAGCGUGGACCUGCCGAAACAUGCCAAAGGCCAGGAUUUGUUUGAUCAGGUCGUGUACUACUUGGACCUGGUGGAAACAGAUUACUUCGGCCUCCAGUUCCUUGACUCCACCCAGGUGGCGCACUGGCUGGAUCAUUCCAAACCCAUCAAGAAGCAGAUGAAAAUUGGACCUGCUUAUGCUUUGCACUUUCGAGUUAAAUAUUAUUCUUCAGAACCGAACAACCUUCACGAAGAGUUUACAAGGUACCUGUUUGUUUUACAACUCAGGCAUGACAUUCUUUCAGGAAAAUUGAAAUGCCCGUAUGAAACAGCUGUGGAAUUAGCUGCUCUCUGUCUGCAAGCGGAGCUGGGCGAGUGCGAGCUUCCGGAACACUCACCAGAGCUUGUGUCUGAGUUUCGGUUCAUCCCCAAUCAGACAGAGGCGAUGGAGUUUGAUAUCUUCCAGCGGUGGAAAGAGUGCAGGGGGAAGAGCCCUGCGCAAGCGGAACUCUCCUACCUGAAUAAGGCCAAGUGGCUGGAGAUGUAUGGGGUGGACAUGCACGUGGUCAGGGGAAGAGAUGGUUGUGAAUAUUCCCUUGGACUGACCCCAACGGGCAUAUUAAUCUUUGAAGGAGCUAACAAAAUCGGCUUAUUCUUUUGGCCUAAAAUCACCAAAAUGGAUUUUAAAAAGAGCAAGUUGACCCUGGUGGUGGUAGAAGAUGAUGAUCAGGGCCGGGAGCAAGAACACACCUUCGUGUUCCGGCUGGACAGCGCCCGGACCUGCAAGCACCUCUGGAAGUGUGCUGUGGAACACCACUCCUUCUUCCGGCUGCGCACCCCGGGGAACAGCAAAUCCCACCGCUCUGAUUUCAUGAGGCUGGGCUCCCGUUUCCGAUUCAGCGGGCGGACAGAGUACCAGGCGACUCACGGCUCCAGGUUAAGAAGAACCAACACCUUCGAGAGGAAGCCAAGCAAACGCUACCCGUCCCGAAGACAUUCCACCUUCAAAGCGAGCAACCCGGUGAUCGCCGCCCAGCUCUGCUCUAAAACAAAUCCUGAAGUCCAUAAUUACCAGCCUCAGUUCCACCCCAGCGUGCACCCCAGCCAGCCUCGGUGGCUCCCACACUCUCCUCACUCUCCGAACAUCAGCUACCCGCUCCCUGCCCCAGGGCUUGGCAGUGCCGACAGGCUCCCUUUUGGCAUCGAGGAGAACGGGGGUACGCCCUUCGCGACCAAAGCUUCGGGAAGGCACCACCACCACCACCACCAGCACCAGCACCAGCACCAACCAAACUACGGCCUCUCGCUGACUCUGGAGAACAAGGAGGGGCCCUUGAGGUCCCCGAAUUCCAGCAGUAAAUCCCUUCCAAAACUGAGUCCGGGCACGCCUGCCCUGUUCAGCGAAGCUGCAGCCCAUCUAAAGAAGCUGGAGCUGGAGACUGUGAAGGCUGCGGGAGCCUGGCCUGCCCUGCACAUCAACAUCAACAAGGCUGAAGAGAAGAAAGUUUCUGAGAAGACGCUGCAGACCCCGUUGUUGCCUUCCCCCGUGGCUGACCAUGUGAAGUGCAACAUUCUGAAGGCCCAGCUGGAGAACGCAUCCCGCUCGAGCGCCCAGGUUGGAAAAGAGGAAUCAACGUUUAUAAAUAUCAAUAAGAAAUCCAGUCUUCAGGAUGCUAAUGUAAGAAGUCCCAUUGCUAUCCACGUGGAAACUGCCCAGCCAGCAGUGGACAAGCCGGAAAUCAAGCCUCCCCGAGUGAGGAAGUUGACAAGACAGUACAGUUUCAACCGCAGUGAUGAAGAUGACCUCCCUCCAGACCUGGCUGAGGCCGUCGGCGUACCAGCCACCACCACGCCUGUCACCACCGCCGCUGCUGCCACCAGCCCAGUCUCAGCUCCGCUGGCCUCCCCCCAGAGCCACCCGCUCAGCUCGCCUCAGAACUCAGAAGGCAAGAGCCAGCUGUCCCCAGGGGUCAAGAGCCCCCCCCGAGGAGGUGCCUUUACUCUGGAGCCCGGCGAUCUCCUGAUGGACUUCACGGAAGCCACCCCUCUGGCAGAGCCCGCCAGCGCCCCCUACUGUGCCCACUCUCGCUGUUCUCCUCCACUCUCUCUCCCCAUGAAGGAAGAGACCACUGGAGUUUGCAUGCACCCUCCAAUCAAAACGAGGCUGAUCAAAACAUUCCCAGCUGAUACAGUGACCCCGUUUCCUGAACCUUUCAUCACAGGGCCACAGUUUACUGCCGACUUUAGAGACAGUAAAUUACCAUGCUGUCCUGGCCAGUCUUCCCCACUGAUUCCAGCCGCGACCCUGAGGCCUUUGGCAGAGACUGUGUCCACAGUGCAGACCAUCUACGGCACACGGAAGCCCGUCUCUCUGGCCGCCAGUGCAGAGACACUCCGGCAGGAACUGGAGAGAGAGAAAAUGAUGAAAAGACUAUUAAUGACCGAACUGUGAAAUUCUCCCCUGUUGCCUGGAGGAUGGCAUGGUGCCUUCUGUCCGUUUUUUUUCUUCGGGCUUCGUGUGCUCACUCUAGCACAGCAUACACAUGUGUGCUCUGUUCGCCAGGGUAUCCAUGGUUAGUCGAAGCCAGCUUCUGGCUUGAAUUCAGAAAAGUUAUUUUCUGUCUCCUGAGUAUUAGUUUUUCUACUGCUCAGUGUAACCGAGGCAGGAUUUGGUCAGCCGAGGAGAAGAAAGAUGGGAAAACGGGGAUUCCUUUUCAGAAGUUCCUGUGUGUGUAUGUCACUAAACACAGGGGUCACUUGGCAUGGAAUCCUCCAUUAUCAGUCUCAACCAUGUGAUUUUGUAUGAUUGAAACUUGCACCAAGCGUUGACUGUUUUUAAUGAGAGAAUAAUUCUUUAAUGCUGUUUUUUUUUCCCAUUUAGACUGGUAAAUACAAAGUCCUAACAUUCAUUUUUAUUCAAACCUGAGUAGAUGAACUAAAAAAAAGGUUGCAAUCACCAAGACUGACAGUAAUUCAGUUUAAUCCAAGAUAUAAUUUAACUUGUGAAUUUGUUGGAUACAAUAUUAUUUGGAUUACAUAGAAUUUAUCAUUGAACUCGAGGUAGGAAAUUGUGGAUCAAAUUGUCAAAAAAUUCUUACAAGGUUAAGAUGAUUCAAUAUCCAGACUCAUUUGGGUGUUCCAUAAAGGGAAAUUAUUUCUAAAGUUGAUCAAUUCAUGUCCUGUUGAUAGAAACUUGACCAGAAGAAAUUUUGCUCUCUUUUUAUAUAGUUUCAAGAAAUGUGUUUUUAAAUUUUUAUUAUGCACUUGAACAACUUUGCAGGAAUAAAGGAACCCCCUCUUCACACACCAUCCCUCUAAAUCUAUCUUGUUUCCAAAGCUU